AUGGCAUUGAAGCGACUAGAUGUGUUUUGCACGAGGCGUCGAAAAGUCUUCACCAUUGUGAUACUGCUAGUGCUGGUCUACGUGCCGUUACACUACAAUCUGCUCUUAGCAAACCUUUCGCUGUUCGAAGGGAGUGAGACGGAUAGUAUAUCGUGUUAUUAUUCGGCGCUAGGGGACGUUUUGCCGAGAGCGGACGCUUCACCGUCGCCCAAUUCGAUAUUCUUCCACGAGACCUCCUGCGUCGGCAAUAUGACGUCGAGGCAGGCGUGCGCCAUUGAGUCCGCGGCGCGGGCGCACCCGGAAUACCAGAUCCAUGUGUUAUUCAGCGCGCCAGUAACAAAAGCCGCUCUGAACGGGCCCCCAUUUAAGAUGCUCGGGGCUAUCGAAAACGUUAGACCCGCGAGGGUACACAUAGCCGAAUACGCUAAAGGCACGCCCGCGGAGCAAGUCGUGGUGAGCGGCGCGUUGAACGGCAGUCUGUGGAAGAUAUCGCACGCGUCGGAUUUGCUUAGGUUCUUGACGCUGCACAAGUGGGGGGGCGUGUAUCUGGACUUGGACGUGGUGGUGGCGAGGCGGUUCGACACGCUGGCGAGCAACUGGGCCGCGAGGGAGAGCGACACGCACGUGGCGACCGGCGCCCUGGCCUUCUCGAGGGACGAAGUUGGCAGGGCAGUCGCGACGGCGGCCGCGAGAGAAAUCCAGACAAACUUCAGAGGCGACCUGUGGGGUCACAACGGUCCGGGUGUUAUAACACGAGUGCUCAAAAGAUUGUGCUCUACCACAAAUGUCACUCUCAUGUCGGCCGAAUCCUGUAGAGGAUUCGAGGUGUAUGGGCCGGAUCUUUUCUAUCCGAUCAAAUGGCAAAACGGUAAGGAAUAUUUCGCUGCCGGCGAACUGAAAAUCAAGGACUCAUACGUUUACCACGUGUGGAACCACCUCACUAAGGGACAUAAGGUCGACAUUAAAUCUCCAUACGCCGAACUCGCAAGGAGAUUCUGUCCGUCAACUUACGAAUUAUAUGGCGAUCGGUUUGGCAUG